AAAAGCCAGAGUUACAGUUAAAGCUUCUCGUAUCGAAUCGUAUCGUAUUCGCAUUGUAUCGUAUCGUAUCGUAUCCACAUGCGCAUCAAUUUCGCCUCAGCUUACGAUAAGCACCAAAAAUAAGGGAGCUGUAAAUUUAUUGAUUUUGCUUUCCACAUUCAUCUUAUCGCAACCAUAACGAAUCGCCAGCGUAAAGUAAACAGUGCAAACAAAUCAAAACAAUUGGAUCAGCGUGCAAAUUACAAACGUCUCAGCGGCAUUUUCCCAAGGAAAAAAGUCUAUCUCAAAUGAAUUUCACAAGCCAAGCGAACUGUAAUUGCCAGCACAAACAUCACAAGCAGCAGCAGCAGCAGCCCACGCUUAUCAAGAGUCACACUUGCGCCUAUCAGCUGCAAGAUUUGGCUGGCUACAAUCGCGCUCUGAUGCCGCCGCUGGAUAAUACGGAUUUCAGCAGCGCCUGGCGUUAUGUCAACAACAACAGCACCACGCUCUGCGGCUACCACCAGCAGCAGCAGCAACAGCAGCAGCAGCAGCAUCAUUGGGCCAAGGCAAAGUCAUCGCCGCAGCAGCGACAAUAUCAUCACAACACGUGCCCGCGUCAGAAGAAAUCCUCAACGCCCACAUCGUUGGCAGGUGGCACGCCUACAUCCACCUUGUGCCGGCAGCAGCAGCAGCAGCGACGUUCACGGUCCACGUCCGCGGCAAGCAAACAGCGUCGCAAUAGCUCGUAUCAUUCCUACGAUGAUUUGGAUGCAUCUUCCGCAGUCGCCAGUGCGGAGCGCAAGGUGGUGGCCAGCCUCAAGUACUUGUGCGCCUGCACGGGCGCCACGCUGCGCAAUUUGUCGAAGAAGACGAAAGAUUUGCAUGCCAAGAACUAUACCUACACCAAGCCCACGUGGCGCCUCUGGGGCGAGGAGCACGAGAAGAAUGCAAUAUUCACGGUCUAUUUGAAAAAGGUGCGCUAUCAUCGGCCCACGCCCACGGCGAGCAAUCAGGACUCGGAUGAUGAAAUUUCACACCUGGAAUGGGAGACGGUGCGCGUGCGAUUCGUGAAGGCCGCCACAUUGGCGCGACUUGUCGAGGCAUUGGCCACAGAUGAUGGCGAACUGGAGUCCACGUUUAUCAACGUGUUUCUGUCCACAUAUCGCACCUUCUCAACACCCAAACAGGUGCUCAGCCUGCUGACACAGCGCUACGAUGCGCUGCACGAGAAGCACAUGGAGGAGAUGGAGCUGGCGCAACAGAAUGGCACCGCCGAGGAUUCCAGCUAUGACCCACCCGCCUCCAUACAUGAGCAGCAUAAAAAAACUCUAGUCUCGGCGCUGCACGUGUGGCUGGAUGGUUUCCCAGAGGAUUGGCAUGAGGAUAAUCUGCAGCAGAUACUCGCAUUUGCCAGCAAGCGUCUCAAACGCUCCGACCUGCACAUAAAAGUGCUCAAUCGCUUGGAAAGGCUGCUCAGACAGCAGGUCUACGGAGUGGGAGGCGCCAGCAAUCAUGCCGAUGGCAAUGGCCUGCCCUGGCUGGCGGCUCAAGGUGGCCAGCAGGCGCAGUUCAUGAUGCACACGCCGUGCGGCUCCACAUACGAUCUGAGCGAACACUUCAGCGGCCUGUAUCUGGCGCCCAUCUAUCGCGGACCCACGCACUUUAUGCAGGCCUUUCGCUUCCCCCAUGUGCCCGUGCGCCACUUUGCCGAGCAGCUCACGCGCAUGGACACGGAGCUCUUUAAGCGCCUGAUACCGCACCAAUGUCUCGGCCAUACGUGGGCGCGGCGCGACAGCGGCGGCUCCGAGACGGUGGUGGCCACCAUCAACCAGUUCAAUGCGGUGCUCUUUCGCGUCGUCUCCAGCAUACUCAUCGAUCGUCUCAAGCCACAGGAACGCGCCUUGAACAUUUCACGUUGGAUAGAUAUAGCGCAGGAGCUGCGCAUGCUCAAGAAUUUCAGUUCCCUCAAGGCCAUUAUCUCUGGAUUGAAUUCCAAUUCCAUAUACAGACUGUCCAAGGUUUGGGAGUUUCUGCCCAAAGAGCGCAUGGAAAUCUUUACGGAGCUCGCGCGUAUCUGUUCCGAGGACAACAAUGCCUGGACAUUGCGCGAGGUGCUCAAGCGUGAAGGAACUGCCAAAAAUCCGGAUCCGGCAGGCGAUCAAACUGAUCGCCAUUUGCAAAAGCUUAUACAGAAUCUGGGCACACAGACUUCGCACGGGACCAUACCGUAUCUGGGAACGUUUCUCACGGAUCUGACCAUGAUACACACAGCCAAUCCGGAUUACCUUACCGAGGACAAGCUGAUCAACUUUGACAAAAAGCGCAAGGAGUUCGAGGUGCUGGCUCAAAUCAAGCUGCUCCAGGGAGCCGCCAACACGUAUAAUCUGCAAGAGGAUGCGCUUUUCGAUCAUUGGUUUGGCUCCAUGCCGCUGCUGGACGAGCGUCAGGCAUUUGCGCUUAGCUGCCAGCUGGAGCCGCCGCCGCCGGCGCCGCGCAAAUCGGUGGCCAGCACCAACACGUCGCUAACGAAUACGACUGCCUCGUCGACGGCCUCCAUAAUGGGCAGUGCUGGACAUGGACAUCGCAAGACUGACUCAAUACACUCCAAUUCGAGCAGCGGGGCCGGCUCGCAGUUCUAUUGCGAGCUGAACAGCAGUACCAGUUCCAGGCACAAUUCAUUGGAUCGGGAUGCGCAUCAUGCAUCCCUGAUGUCCGCCUCGAGCAGCACCUCCAAUUUGUCCAUGGAUUCGAGCAACUCGGGCGGACGUCAAUCGGCUCACAGCAAGCUCACGCAUUCCCAGUCGCUUGGCAAUGGUCUGAAGAAUGCUGCUUUGGGCAAUGGCACCACAAACGGCGGCUCGCCGCACACCCACAUCAAUGCACAGCUGGUGCAGCCGGCUGGCGUGGCUACCCAAUCUGCGCCAGACUUCUACAUCAUCCGGGUGACCUAUGAGACGGAUAACAUUGAGCUGGAUGGCAUUGUGCUCUACAAAAGCAUCAUGCUGGGCAACAAUGAGCGCACCCCGCAAGUGAUUAGGAAUGCGAUGCUGAAGCUCGGCCUGGAGGAUGAUCCGGAUCGAUAUACGCUCGCCCAGGUGCUGCCGGACAAGGAGCUUGUCAUGCCAAAAACAGCGAAUGUUUACUAUGCUGUCAACACCAAUUAUAAUCUCAAUUUUAUACUGCGCCCACGCAAGGAUGAGGCUGGCGUCGGGGGCAGCUAGUCCGCACUUGUGCCCCUGUCCCAGUUGUGGUGCUUGGGAUAUGAGGGCGAGGAGUGAGGCAGUCUCUCUCUGAGAGAGAUCAGAAACAGAACCGAAGAGCAAGAUGGUGGAGCGCUUGUAUAUAGUAUAUAGAAAACACGAUCCGCGCACAUGACAACAAGUUUUAGUUGAUAAUGUUUUAAUUUAUUUAUUACACGAAUAGACAGCAAUCGAAUAAUAUCGAUAGGCUGGCACAGUUAGAGCUGGAAGUACAGUUGCGCUUUUGUGUGUAACAGACCGAUAACAAUUUGCUUAUCGAUUAACCCGUCAAUUAGCCCGUAGAUAAAAACGCAACUUUUGUAAUCUCCGUUUCCGUAAAUUCCUUCACAGUGUCGGAAUCAUUUUAUCACAUUCAUGUGGAGUCUAAAACUGGAAUAAUUGCUGAUAUUUAUAAAAACAUAUAUACUACUUACUGAUAUUGAUAUUGUUUAAGCGAUGGAUAUACAAAAAUUUAGUACAAUAAUUUUGAGGUUAGCAUCGAUAUUAGUUUUUGUGGAACCAGACCACACAAUAUGACUCGUGGGUUGUACGAGUAUGUACUUUAUUUUGAAGCAAACAAACCAACAUGAUAUGUAUUUGUAUAGAUGUUUUAUUGCUGUACGCGUAUUGUACAAAUAACAAUACAAAUUUGUAACUAAAUAUUUUAUGGGGUUGCAUAGAGAAACGAUAAUAAUAUAAUCUAUAUGUAUAUACCAAUUUGGUAAGCCCUCCCCAUUUUACAGCUAGUUAAGAUAUUGUAUUUGUUUGUAUAUUUAGCGAUACAGUUUAAAGAAUUAUACAUACAUAUAUAUCGAUACCUUUAUGAAGGCAUAUUAAAUAUGAGCCCUAUUCAAAACAAAAUUAAGUAAAGAACGUGUGU